UCAUAGGGCUGUUGGGGCCAUCUGGAGAUUGUGUAAAGGGCCUGGCAUGGAGUGAGUUCAGUAAUUGGCAUUUACCAUAGCAUUGUUUCUCUCCUUACGUUAAAGAAAGACAUGUGGGAGGCUCCACAAAAUUAAUAGGCUUGACAGCAGGCCCGCGUCCAUGACAGUGUGAGUAGAUCGGGGCCCAGAGAGUGGAAAGUUUGGUCUCUCUGGGAAUUCUGGCAGAAGGGCCUUGAAUUAUGAUCAGCCUGAGGCCAGCGUUUCCCUCACCUGCAUUAGUCCAGCAUCGCCUUCACGCCUCCUGUCUGACUGCCUGCAGCCCAGCCUCUUAAAUUGCUACCACAGUGAUCUUCCUAAUGCAAAGAGAACAUCCCCAGCCCAGGUGGGAAGGAGGCAGCAACUCGGCAGCCUGUGGUGAUUCUCUUGGGCUGGGGUGGCUGCAAGGACAAGAACCUUGCCAAGUACAGCGCCAUCUACCACAAAAGGUGGGCAGCCCACCCUUGAUGUGCCUCACAGUUGUGGAGUCGGCCCAGGCUCCCGUCCCUGUUAACUGGCCAGUGCCUCUGCAGGCAGCAGGAGCUGGGACUGGGUGUCUGGGCAUAGCUUGUACUCCCAGGACCUCCUCCUUUCCCACCAGGGCUGCAUUGUAAUCCGAUACACAGCCCCGUGGCACAUGGUCUUCUUCUCCGAGUCGCUGGGCAUCCCUUCACUUCGUGUUUUGGCCCAGAAGCUGCUCGAGCUGCUCUUUGAUUAUGAGAUUGAGAAGGAGCCCCUGCUCUUCCAUGUCUUCAGCAACGGCGGCGUCAUGCUGUACCGCUACGUGCUGGAGCUCCUGCAGACCCGUCGCUUCUGUCACCUGCGUGUGGUGGGCACCAUCUUUGACAGCGCUCCUGGUGACAGCAACCUGGUAGGGGCUCUGCGGGCCCUGGCAGCCAUCCUGGAGCGCCGGGCUGCCGUGCUGCGCCUGUUGCUGCUGGUGGCCUUUGCCCUGGUGGUUGUCCUGUUCCACGGCCUGCUUGCUCCCAUCACAGCCCUCUUCCACACCCACUUCUAUGACAGGCUACAGGACGCGGGCUCUCGCUGGCCUGAACUUUACCUCUACUCAAGGGCUGACGAAGUAGUCCCGGCCAGAGACGUAGAACGCAUGGUGGAGGCACGCCUGGCACGUCGGGUCCUGGCACGUUCUGUGGACUUCGUGUCAUCUGCACACGUCAGCCACCUCCGUGACUACCCUACUUACUACACAAGCCUCUGUGUCGACUUCAUGCGCAACUGUGUCCACUGCUGAGGUCACUGCUCCACCUCACCUCUGCUCCAGAAAUAAAUGCCUGACGCCUCCCCACAACCUGCAUCUGUAGGGCACUCUUCUGGUUCACCUCUCUGUAGCCCUUUGGGACUUUGCAGUCCCCUAAGUAGAAAAUUCCUAUGGGCUUGUCUCCUGGGGGCCUCCGUCUGCUGGUGGUCUGCAUACCACAGAAUCCUAAAGGGCAGGAGUGCCUGGGCAUGUGUCUGUGGGAGCCUUGUAGUCAUUUGUCUUUGGACAAGCGCAACAGUCAGGCUGCUGAUUCCUGUGGCAUGCAGGCUGUAAAGGUUGACAAACAGAGGGGGGUGAGGGUGAGCCCUAGUUGAUUUUUUAAAAAUUUAAACUGUGGUAAGAACAUUUAACAUGAGACCUACUCUCUUUUUUUCUUUACUUAUUUAUUUAUCUAUUUAUUUCGAGACAGGGUCUCACUCUUGUCACCCAGGCUGGGGUCCAAUGGUGCAAUCUUGGCUCACUGCAGCCUCAACCUCCCAGGUUCAAGUGAUCCUCCCACCUCAGCCUCCCAAAGUGCUAGGAUUACAGGUGUGAGUCACCACACCUGAACAAGAUCUUCCUUCUUAACAAAAUUGUGUGUACGAUACUUAAAAUUUAAGAGAUUAUGUGCACGGCAGACCUCUAGAACUGAAUAGUCUUGCAUCUUGCAUAAUUCAGAACUUCAUCUUGUGUAACUGAAACUUUGUGCCUGUUGCCAGAGUUGAGUUUUGAUUCCUUGAAUGGAAGGUGAGCUUUGUGGGGAGAUGUCAGAGGGAAGGUAUCUUAGUCAGGGGUAGUGUCAGGCUGCGGAUAGGGGCUGCGGUCUUUGCUCCAGCAGGGCGAAGCCCUACAGUGUAAAGUACCAUCCACAUGGGUCCCACUUGGCAGUUCAAUCGGAGUCUGAGGUAGAAGCCAGAUGAGGAGCUAAGGAUACAGAGGUUAAGGGCCUGCCUGGCUCUACCACAUUUUGCUAGGAAGCCGCUGGAUCCGGGAAAGUUGCAAGCUGAAAGUUGCCAGAGAGUAGGGGGGCGGGAAGGCAGCAACAUUGUAACAGGAGCUGGGACAAGCUAACUCCCAAGCCCUAAAGACCAGAACCAGGGUGAGGGGAUUUGGGGCUGAAAUAGCAAACUCCUUCAUCUCCUGGAAGGGAGACCCACUUAGAUACUCUCUAAGCAGGAGAGGUGAAUUCAGCCUGAUAGUUCAGUUAUCACUUAUCAUUCUAGAAGUCACUACUGCACACUGUUGCCAUGUAGUAGGUAUUCAAUAAAUAUUUGUUGAUGGAAUGA